ACUUGUGCAAUCACCAUGAAAUCUGUGCUAAUUACGGGCGCUAACCGAGGCCUGGGACUUGGAAUGGUCAGAUAUCUUGUGAAACAGAACAAGGCCGACAAAAUAUUCGCGACAUGCCGAAAGCCGUCCGAGGAACUUGAAAAGUUAGCUCAAGAAGCAAAACAUCUUGAAAUAUUACAGCUAGAUGUAACAAACGUCCAAGGCUUUGGCGAGUUAUCUUCACGGGUAGCCCAAGGCGUGGGAAAUUCUGGGUUAAAUCUGCUUAUAAACAAUGCUGGUGUGGCCACUAAAUUCACCAAAAUCAACUUAGUGAAAGCCGAACAGCUAAUUGAAAACCUGACAAUCAAUACUGUGGCACCGAUCAUGUUGACGAAGGUAAGUAGUUAAAUGCACAAUCAGAAACAUGAAAAAAAAAACAAAGAAAAGGACACGAGUCAAUCUAUUUUGUUUAAUUGCCAUUAAUAAGCGGUAGCGGGAGCGGGAUUUCUAUUUUGUAGGUA